AUGUUCAAGGGAAGAAACCAAACAAAGAAACAGUCCUUAUAUGGAAAUUUGCAUGAGCAAGAGGUAACUGGUCCCCAUCGAAAAAGUAGCAACCAUAUUUUCUAUAAUAACAUUAUUUCAACGCAAGAAUUUAAUAAAGAAUUUUUAAGAACAAAAAAUUUUUUAGACGAGGAAUAUCACAACACUAAUUCGAAUGUCAUUAUAAAUGGUGACAGUAACAAUAAGAACAUAUUGUAUAUGGAUGAAAAUGGCAACAACCUCUCUUCUCACCUCGAUUACAAAGGAAGAAGCUCUUAUGGAGGUAGCGGAGAUUAUUCUGCAUUAAACAGAUACAAUGAAUGUAACGAUGAACGAUAUUACAAUAGUAGAGGCACAAAUCCAUGCAUCAAAUUGGACAGUGCCAAAAGUUUCCCAAAUGGAAAAAUUAAUCACAGCCCAAAAAAUAGCAAUUUUAAAAAUUAUUUUAAUGGUCAAUUAGAGAAAAUUCUUGGAAGUAUUGAAUUUUUAAAUUAUCGAAACGUGAAUCACAUGUUAGAUCACCCCCACAAUGGGGGAAACGAUGUCUGCAAGUUCGACUAUGACAAUAGAAAUAACAAUAAUCUCGUUGGGAAGCACAAGAAUUUGGAGGAAUGUAUUAAUAAGAGUACUAUGAACAAUCAUAAGUAUAGUAUCAAUGCGAGUGGCUAUCCGAAUGAUUACACAAACAGGCACCAUAUUAACGGAGGCAUUUCUUUUCAAGAAAUUCCUUCAAAUGUUGCUGAAUAUACACAUACCCAUCUUUUUGGAAAUAAACCAAUUAACAAUCAUUGUAGCAGCUUGAGUAGUAGUAACAAUAAUAUCAGUAAUUAUAAUAAUGGCAAUAACAAUAACAUUAGCAAUAACAAUAACAGAAGCAAUAACAAUAACAGUAGCAAUAACAAUAACAGUAGCAAUAACAAUAACAGUAGCAAUAACAGUAGCAAUAACAGUAGCAGUAACAGUAGCAAUAAUCAUAACAAUAUCCUCAUGAAAAGAAUGUCGGGGAAAAAGAACAACAUUGUUAAUGCCAACGAAAUUAUGAACAAACGAUUAUUUAUUAAUAACCUUAUGGAACUAAAAGAAAAAUUAAAAAACAUUAAAAAGGAAAGGAUAGAAUUUGAAAGAGGAGAAGAAGAAGAAGCUAGGGAAGAAGAGAAGAAUAAUUAUAUUUCCUAUAUAAAAAAUCAUGAAAAUAUGAAAAAUACAUAUUCAUUAACAAAUGUAAAUAGAACACAAGAAAAAGGUAUGAACAAGGUAAAAGUGCAAGAAAAAAAAAAAAAUAUAUCGUGCAAUAAUUUUUUUGAUCAAGGAGAGGGAGAAAUUGAGUACCCUAGUGGUGGCUAUUGUUCUAAUCAACAACAAUAUGCAAAUUUUGAAAAAAGGAAAAGUAUAGAACAGAUGGAUGAGAAAAAUAAUUAUGUUUUUUACCAAUUAAAGGAAUAUUUAGGAGAGAAUAGUAUACAGAAAAAGGGAGAAUUUAUUUUGAAUUCAGGAUUCGAUAGGAGGAGGAAAUAUGGCAAUAAUGGGCAGCAGCAACACGAUAGAGUGAAUGAACAUCAUCGACAUGAAAGAAAAUGUGAUAACGGUUUUGAAAGAAAAUAUGACAAUUUCCAUGAUCAUCACAAUUUUGAAAAUUUCUUUUUCAGGGAAGGAGAAAAGGAGAAAGAAGACGACGAAAAAGAAAAACAAAAUAAAUAUGCACAAAUGUAUAAAAUGGAUAGAAAUGUGGGAGGAGGAGCACGCGACAAUAUGAUGAAGAUGAUGAUGAUGACAGAACAAGAUAAUUUGCAUAACGCUUUACAGAAAGUACCAAGUGCUUCAAACGUUUUAUACACGAAUAAUUUAAAAGGUGUUAAGGUUACUGAUAAUAUUAUGUGUUGUCAAUCCCCAGAGGAACUAACUAGUAAUAGUAAGAGAAAUAUAUCUAACACUGUAUACAUGGGAGGAUUAAGCAGUAGACCAUUGCACGACAUGCACGAUGUUAGAAGCAAUUUAUACUUAAAUAAAGGAUCUUUGGAAGAGGAAAAAUUAAAGAAAAUGUUAAAUCCAAAUGCAAAAAAUAUAUUAAAUUGUGAGACGGAGUAUAAUAGACCUUCAUCCUCUGAUUGCAAUGAAUUAUUCAAGAAUAAGAAGAAAGUAGUAGGUUCAAGAGGAGUUUGCAUUGAUGUAGGAGCUUCCCAAGUUGGGUCAACAACAACUCCACUUGUAAAUGAUGUUAAAAAUUAUAUCGACAAAAGUUGUAGCUGCAUAAAUCAGGAUAAGAAUAAAGGGGGAAGAAGUAGUUGUGCAGGUGUAGCUGGUGAUGUUGCUGAUGGUGUAUCUGCUGGUGAACGUGCUAAAAAUAUGAUCAACAAAAACGAAAAGAAUAAUAAGAUUCCAGAGCAAGUUAGGGUGGGAAAGAGAGGUGGAAGUCCCGAUAUUGAUAUGGAGGAAAAUCAUAAAAGCCAAAAAAAUGCAUGCAAAAAAAAUAGUAUACUAUUAUUAGGAAAGAAUAGUAAUUGCAAUUUUAAUGCAUCCGAUUCAGAUAUGCAUGGAAAUAAAAGUUCAAACGAAAAGAGGAAUUCCCAUGAUAACCAUAAUAAUGGUGUUAUUAAUUGCAGAAGUAGCAAUGGUAUUAACUUAGACAAUUCAGUGGCAUAUUUUAAAGAAAAUUGCAUGAGUAAUGAAAAUGUUGUAUAUGAUGAAAAAAAAAAAAUUUUUAAAACGAAAGAAAAUUGCAAUAUUAAAUUAUACAGGAGAAGUUUAGAAAAAGAAAAAUUGCUAAAUUUCCCUCUAAUACAUUUAGGAGAAAAUGAUGUUAUAGUUAAAAGAAUAAAAUUGUACUACCCAUUGGGAAAUCAAAAUAUAUUUACAAAUAUAUCGAAAAUUAUUUUUAUGACGAAUACCAAUAUUUGUUCUUUAUAUCUUAGUGAUUCAUAUUUAAUUCAUUAUGAUGAUAUUAAAAUUCAUUCUUAUUUAUCCAAGGGUGGUUUUGGUGUUGUUUAUAAAGGUGUCUUGCUAAGGAAAAUUAAAAGCUGUGAUCCAAGGUAUAAUGGAAAUAAGAAAUAUGACAAAAUGAUAUUAAAUCGUGAUGUCUCCAAAGGAGUAAUAAAUGUAGGAGGAGGAAAAAACAAACGAGAAAAAAAUCCAAACAAGCAGUUAGAAGAAGAUCAGGAACAGCAAAAUGUUGUUCAGGUAGAUCAAGAUGACAACGGCCCCUUUAGUAACAAUCAUAUGGAAGCUAUUAAUAAUGAGGGUUUCAGCAAUUAUGCCGACAAUAAUAAUAAUGGCCACAUUCAGGAAUUAGAAGAAUUGAAGGAUACACAUCAAAAUGCGAGGAGCGAGAACGGGAGUGGCACGAAUGGAAGUGGGACAAACAACCAUUUCCAAAUGAAGAAAAAGAAAAGCCACAAUAGUGAUAAUAACAAACUCAGCCGGAGCACAAAAAAAUUGUGUAACUUGCGAAACCAAUUGAUCGAGAAAAUAUUUGACACAUUCAACAAUCCAGCUAGCCAAAACAGGUCCACAAGGAACAUCAAUUAUAAAAAGGAUGAACAUUUUUUCAAGGAUGUAGAAAAUGAAUAUGUGCAGGUAAAUGAUGAGAUGGUGAUUGAUGAGGUGGAAAAGGAGGAGAACAAAUGUUCCAUUGAAAACAUGUUAAAAAAUUGGGAUCAGAAUGUCGAAAAUGGAGAAAAAAAAACAAAUAAACAUGAUGGUUGUAAUAAGAACAAAGAAGUUGAUCCCAUUGGGGGCGGAAAUAACAGCAAGGGCAGGGGUAGUAGUAAUAGUAGCAGUAGCAAUAGUAGUAGUUGCAAUAGUAAUAGUAGUAAUUCCUAUCACCUCUUUAGAAACAUUGUGCACGAAAGAAAAGGAGGCCAACCGAACGAAGGAGAAGCUGAGGUAGAAGGAAUGGCAGAAGGAAUGGUAGAGGAAAAAACAAAUGGAAGAAAAAAUCACGCCAAGAACCUAAGGAUCGAAGCGGAAGAAGAAAAGGAUGCAGAUGAGGAAGCUGAAGAGGUUGAAAUGAAAAAAGGAGGAAAUUGUGUACAUGUGCAAGAAAUAAAAAGGUUAAAAAAAAAAAUGAUAAACUUUAUUUAUUCAAAUAAAAAGAGUGACAAGAUAAUUAUUGAUAGAGAGGAAUUUUUCAAGGAAGCUAAAAAAAUCAUAUAUAAAUUAAAAAUUAUGAGCAACUAUAACGAGGAUUUGGAAAAAAAACAUCAUGAAGAGAUUAUAGCGUAUCUAUUAGUAGACGUAUACCAUAACAACAUUGUGUAUAAAAACAAUUUAGAUUUUUUGUAUGUAAAGAGCAAAAAUAUAAUAACGUACGGAUUGCAUAAUGAUAGUUUUUACAUUUUUGAUAAUAAAAAUAUUUUUCACUACUAUAGUGACAAGUGCAUUUUUAAAAUUGUGUUCAUAGAUGAGUUUAAAGAAUUGAAAAGCUAUCAAAACAUAACAGUUUUUAAUGUUCUAAAUAAUGAAAGAAUGAUGAAAAGUUCUUCCAUACUUAAACAUGAAAUAAAUAAGCAUAAAAAUGGUCUUAAUAAACUAGCUAUUAUUCCAUUCAGCAAGAUGAAUAUGAGUCAUUUACUGAAUGCUUUAAUUUUUGGAUUUUUGAAAUUUCUUUUUAAUUUAAGAAAAAAAUAUCAUAAACAGCCUAAAAAUUGCUCUUGUUAUCCCCGUGCAAAUGACCAACAAUGCGAUGCAAAUGUUAGGAGUGCAAAUAUGGAAAGAAGAAGAGUAGCAGAAGAAGAAGAAGAAGAAGAAGAACCGUCCACGAAUGGUACAUUUUUUCAUAGUAUAAAACACAAGAACUCCUCGUAUGUAUGCGGAGAAAAUAAUAAGAACAAUAUGCUGAAUUUUAAUAUGGAAGAUAGAGAUUCUCUUCUGCUACAAGAGAAAAUUGACAUACUAGAUGAGUUUUUGUGUUGCAAUUAUGAGGAGGUCAAUGCUGAUUAUGCUUAUGAGGAGAAAAGCAGGAAGAAGAUGCCCGGGGGAAAUAGUAAGCAUAAUGAGAUGAUUAAUGAAACGGAAAAUAACAAAGGCGCUGGAAGAGGUGAUAGUGGUGGUAAUGGAAAUGGCAGUGGCAGUGGUAAUGGAAGUGGUGGUGGUGUAAGCAGAACCGGUCAUGGCAGCAGUACAGGAAGCAAUAAAGAACAGAAAUAUGAAGAAGAAAAAUUGGCAAGUACAAAGAAAGGAAACAUCAUGCAGAUCAGUAAUAAUGGAGCUGGAAGUAGCACUUUGCUAAACUCGAACAAUUCAGAUGAAUCUAAAACCACAAUGAUGAUGAUGAUGAAUGUGCAGAGGAAUAAAAACGUUUUCAAAAGGUAUGGAAACGAGAGAGAAUAUAAUUAUGGAUCGAAAGAGAAUAAUCAGGAUGAGCAGAAUAUGGAUAUUCUAGGUGCACCCAGUGAUAAAGAGGAGUUAGUGUAUGAGGUAGAUGGGGAGGAGGAGGACGAGGACGACUAUGACGACAAGGAGAAGAGGAAGAAGAAUGGAAAUUCCCGACAGAUGGUAAAGAAAGGAAUAGUAGAAGAAAAGAAAAAUGCAUUAGGGAUUGAAUUGAAAAAGGAGAAAAAUAUAAAUGGAGUGAAAAGUGUACAAGUCGCGUUUGAUAGAAAAGGGGUGAAAAAUAUUUCUAGAAUGAAAGUAGAAGUGGAUAGCGAAGGAGAAGCAGUUGAUAGAGAGGACGAAGCAGUUGAUGGAGAGGACGAAGCAGUGGGUGAAGAGGACGAAGCAAUGGGUGGAGAGGACGAAGCAGUGAAUGGAGAGGGAGAAGCAAUGGUUGAGGUAAAAAUUCCUGUAGCUAUUAAAAUACAUGAUCUAAAGGACAGCAAGAAUUUAAAAAAUUUUUUGAGAGAAAUUGAAAUAUAUAAAAAUAUACAAAGACCAAAUAUAUGCACAUUUUAUGGUAUAUGUAUAAAAUCGAACAAAUUAAUGUUAUUGUUAGAGUACUAUGCUAAGGGAAAUUUAUUUAAUUUUUUAAAGAAUAAAAAUAAAAUUCAUAAAAAGCAGAGAUUAGCAUGGGCAUCUGAAAUUUGUUAUAUAGUACAUGGGCUUCAUUCACAUAAUCCACCAGUAAUUAAUGGAGAUAUAAAAACAUCAAAUGUUUUAAUUGACAAUAAUAUGCACCUGGUUAUGUGUGAUUUUGGAAAGGCUCGAUUUAAGAAUUCCAAGCUUUAUAGUAAUUUUGGCUCUUACAGGUAUAUGGCCCCUGAAACAUUUAGUUGUACAUCUGAAGUUACUGAAAAAAUUGACAUUUGGAGUUUAGCUUGUUGUGUCAUUGAAAUAUUUUCAAGUAAAUAUCCCUAUCAUAAUUUGUCCAAAAAUGUAAAAAUUCGUCAUGAGUUAUUAGUUAAUAAAAAAACUCCCCAUAUCCCAAAUUUUUUACCGAAUUCGAUCAAAAAAUGUCUCCAAAGGUGUUUUAGUUUUACACCCGAGGAGAGACCUUGUGCAUAUGAGAUGUAUAAAUGUUUGAAGAAAAUAAAGGUCAUUGAAUAA